AUGCUCUCCAGAUCACCUCUGCGGUCAUUAACACCUUUGACAAGAUCCAGAUAUCUACAGACGCGACACAAAAGCUCUCUGGUACUCUCUGAUGCGCAAAGGUCAACGAUUUAUGCUUUGGGAACGCCUCCAGGGAAGGCCGGAGUUGCAGUCGUGCGCGUUUCGGGACCGGAUGCGUUGGAGACAUGGAGGGGGAUGGUGAAAGGGUCUGGCGGACACGAGACCACACCACAGCCAUGGAAAUUGAAACGAUGUCGAAUUGUUCAUCCUCAGAACGGGGAAACUAUAGACGACGGCCUGGCGGUGUUCUUCAAAGGCCCAAAAUCAUUUACUGCCGAAGAUACCGUCGAGUUGCACCUCCAUUCCGGCCCUGCUGUCAUUGCCGCUGCCCUUGCUGCGCUCUCGACGUUUCCGACAUGUAGACCUGCAGCACCAGGCGAGUUCACAAGAAGAGCGUUUCUGAAUGGUCGUAUGGACUUGACACAGGUGGAAGGACUGAAGGACCUGAUUGAUGCGGGAACGGAAAGUCAGAGGAAGAUUGCACUGCGAGCUGCUGAGGGAGCCAUAAGAGAGAAGUUUGAUGAACUCCGGCAACGGAUUAUUUCUGCACUUGCCAAGGUGGAGGCUCUGAUAGAUUUCGGGGAAGGGGAAGAGAUAGAGGAAGGCGUCUAUGAAGAUGCUAGGUCCCAGGUUACAGAAGUGGUCGAUAUCAUCAAGGGGUACUUGAAUGACCACCGGAGAGGGGAACUGUUACGAAGCGGAAUUCGAUUGGCCAUAUUCGGCCCACCAAAUGCAGGAAAGAGUAGCCUGCUCAACAUCCUUGCUCGACGCGAGGCUGCCAUCGUAACACCUAUCCCGGGAACAACACGGGACAUCCUGGAACUGGCACUUGAUAUCGGCGGUCUCCCUGUCAUUGUCGCUGAUACAGCUGGACUUCGGAAAACAGACGACACGGUGGAACAAAUAGGGAUUGAGAGAGCAAGGAAAGCCGUCGCCAAUUCCGACGUUUCGAUUUGUGUUUUGUCGCUUCCUGACCUACAAAAUCUAACCGAAGAUGGCAACAACUGGAAAGAACUCAUCACGCCCAACACCUACUUCUUGUUGAACAAGGCAGACUUGAUGCCCGCACAGUGGAGACCAGAUUCUGCAGUCCUGAGGGAACUCGGAGUUGUGCAAGAGAGGAUGUGGGUCUCAAGUCUGGCAAAGCGAGAUGGCUUUGAGGUAUUCUUGUCCGGCUUUGCGAGCGCUUUACAGAAGCAAUUUGGGAUGUCCGAUGACUUGACGGAGGCGACACAAAGCCCCAUCAUUACUCGGCAGCGACAUCGAGAAAAUUUAGAAAACGCGACUCGAUUCUUGGAGAGUGCGCUAGCCUAUGGGCCCGAUGACAUCGUCUUCGCUGCGGAAGAACUCCGAUACGCUGCCAAUGCUAUCGGAAAGGUAACUGGUGCUAUUGGCGUGGAGGACGUGCUCGAUGCAGUGUUCCGCGACUUUUGUAUUGGGAAGUAG